CAAUGGCGGUUUCCUUACAGACUACAAACAAACCAGUGAUACACCACGAAAAGCCGGCAAACAAGCGGCGGCGUGUCGUUGUGACGGGGAUCGGCCUUGUAACGGCGCUCGGUGAGGAUCCGGACGUGUUCUACAACAAUGUUCUUCAAGGCAUUAGUGGCAUAACAGAGAUUGAAAAAUUCGACACUUCUCAGCUUCCAUCUAAAAUUGGUGCUGAGCUUAAGUCAUUCUCACCGGAAGGUUUUGUUUCAUCAAAGCUUGCAAUGAGAGCUGAUAACUUUAUGCUUUACCUUAUAACCGCCGGCAAAAAGGCCUUGGCCGACGGCGGGAUUUCCGAUGAAGUUAAUGGACAGCUUGAUAAAACUCGAUGUGGGAUUAUUGUUGGCUCUGCAAUGGGAGGUUUAAGGAUUUUCUAUGAAUGGUUUGAAAAUAUGUUAAUUCUUUCAAGGAGGCCAAAUCCAUUUAGUGUGCCUAUGGCAGGAAACAACAUGGGUUGCGCAGCACUAGCAAUUGAAUUGGGUUGGAUGGGUCCAAACUAUAUAAUUAACGCAGCUUGUGCAACAAGCAAUCAUUGUAUACUCAGUGCAGCUGGUCACAUUACUGAUGGAAUAACUGACAUGAUGCUUUGUGGUGGUUCCGAUGCCGGAGUUCAUCCAAUAGGUUUGGCAGGUUUCGCGUCAUGCAAAGCUCUGUCUAAGAGGGACUGUGACCCGACCAAAGCUUCAUGUCCUUGGGACACUAAUCGUGAUGGAAUUGUCCUUGGAGAUGGAGCUGGGGUUUUGCUCUUGGAAGAAUUAGAACAUGCCAAGCGAAGAGGUGCAAGAAUUUAUGCUGAGUUUUUGGGUGGAAGCUCUAGUGCCGAUGCGUAUCACUUGACUCGGCCGCAUCCCGACGGUAUAGUUGGUUGUAUAGAGAAAGCAUUGGCAAAAGCAGGAGUUGCUAGAGAAGAUGUAAACUACAUAAAUGCACAUGCUCCUUCUACACAAGUUGGGGAUUUGAUUGAAUUUGCAGCCUUGGUCCGUUGUUUCGGCAACAAUAUGGAGUUGAGAAUUAACUCAACAAAGUCCAUGACUGGUCACCUAGCAGGGGCAACAGGUGCUGUGGAUGCAAUUGCUACAAUUAAGGCAAUACAAACUGGGUGGGUACAUCCAAAUAUCAAUCUUGAUAAUCCUGACAAGGCUGUGGACAUGAAUCUACUUGUUGGCUCAAAGAAGGAAAGGUUAAACAUUAAGGUAGCAUUGUCAAACUCCUUCACAUUGGGUGGGCAAAAUUCAUCCAUCUUAUUUGCACCUUUACACAGUGAAUAAAAGUAAGCUUUCCUCACAAUAAUCCAUAAGAAUUUGCAAAUUUAGAUCAAUUAAUUCUUCUCAAAAAUACUUAUUCUGAUAUAUAUAUUUCUUCACUUCGAAAUGUAUCGAAACCUUCUGUAAUUAGAAAG